CUAAAGAGAAAUUUUGAUCAUAUUUGUUUCAGGGCCUUGGGUUGGGGAAGUCGGGCGAUUCUUCCAGAAAAGUAGCAAAAAAGGGAGCGAGCGCAAAGGAGAGUUGCAGAGAAUUGCGCAGCCAUGGCUUCGUCCAUGUUGCAAUCUUUCUUGAAUCCAUCAAAGAAUUGGUUCGCUGCUCAACACAUGAAAUCCCUCUCGAAACGGCUCAGGAAAUACGGGCUUCGAUACGAUGACCUCUAUGACCCGAUGUACGAUCUGGACAUCAAAGAAGCUCUGGCUCGCCUUCCUCGCGAGAUCGUUGACGCGAGGAACCAGCGUCUCAAGCGCGCCAUGGACCUCUCGUUGAAGCACGAGUACCUUCCCGAAGAUUUGCAGGCAAUGCAGACACCAUUUAGGAGCUACCUUCAGGAUAUGCUGGCGCUUAUAAAGAAGGAAAGGGCGGAACGGGAAGCAUUGGGGGCAUUGCCUCUCUAUCAGCGCACCAUCCCUUGAUUAUACUGUUAUUUGUCUCGGUUGUUACUUGCUGAGUACGUCUUUCAAAGAAAUAAGGACACUAUUAUUCUAUUGGGAAGUUUUAAAGAGGACCAUGAAAGCUGAGAAAUUUGGUUUAUUUUAUCUACGUUCAGAGAAGGAUCUUUUGCUUUUGUGGAUUAAAUGGUCUGAUAGUCAUUGUUACCAUAUAUGGGCCUCUUUAAAUGUUAAUAAUAUAUGCCUAACACUGUUUUGAAGUUCUACUCUGAAAUCAACUUGAUCAUCUAUAUUCCAAGACA